AUGUCUCCAAUUCUCUUCAGUGAGAAGGGAGUUUUCGGUCAGAUCGAAGACAAUAUUCACGCAUUCAAUAAUUACUUGAGUCACAAAGAGGUUUGGUAUAUCGUGGAUAGUAGGGAACCGAUGGAAUAUGACGCCAAGACAAUUCUCAUCUGUUCGCCUAUGAAGGAUCACUAUAGGAACUUUGAUAAGCUUAUCGGGACAACAAUACGGUACAUGCCGGUGUGGGAGUGGGAAGAGAAGGCUAAUGACCCGACUCAGCAAAAUACGCUCGAAGAUGCGAUUGCUAGAUGCGAUGAAAAGAUAUUUAAUUAUAUUGGUGAAAGUUAUAGCCGAGAUGAAGUCAGUCACAAACUUAUUCAUAUCUGCACGAACCCCCUGAUUGAUGAAAGCGAAGAUGAUGGAAGCGAUAUAGAGGUCGAAAGUGGUGAAGAAGUUGAAUACGUCAAUGAGGAACCCUAUACGCUAAAAACUAUAACAUUUGCAUCUGAUUAUGUGGGUGAAAAAGUGACUGAGAAACUUAAAAUAUCAAUAUUAGACAGAUUACGUACGGAAUUUGAACUAAGCUUGACAGAGGAGUAUAAUGACCAUAGAGCAUUAAUUCAGGAUAUAAAGAAACAGAACGAGAUACUUACGUUUUCUGCAGUUCGAACGAUUGAAGAUGGAAAGUACUAUCGACCGAAUAAUAAAAAUUUUCCGUCGAUUGAUGCAAUUAUUGCUCCCGAUAUGCUCUUCCAGGUGACUAAUGCCAUAAAUCAUCCUAUUAAGAUUAUUGGUUUGAAGAAACUUAUUAGCAAAUUAGCGAGGACGGGCGAAAUCUCCUUUUAUUUUGUUGUACCAGCAGAGUUGUACGAUCGCUAUCAAAAUCAGAAGUUUAUUACCACUAAUAAUGCUAAUACUCGGAGAAUGCCAAGUUGGAUUAAAAAUCGCGUCAAGCAAUACGCUCUGAGAAUGGAUUUGUUCUCUGAAAGUUCAUCAAGUGGAAGUUCACUAAAAAGAAAAGGUAGUUCAUUGGGAGGGGCUAGUUCAUCGAAAAGAGUUAAAAAAUAG